UCCUGAGCGAAGCCGAAAGGAUUCGAACGCGCGUCGGCCAGCAACGCGAUUUCAUAAAGCGAAUUAUGAAAUUCCCACGUCGAUGUAAAGUGAGAUGAUUUGAGGUUUGGUUUAAUUUUCUGUUUCGUCGUCAACAUCAUGCUGGGCAAAUACAACACAAAGGCAUUCAUAUCGCUUGGAUUGACUUUCAUAUUGAUGUGGAUUAGUGAGGCCACGGACGCCCACGUGAACUACAACUAUACAACGAAGCCGCGAGUGGUUCUUCCGCCUAAUUAUGUCAAGGAAAUGCGUCCGCCCUCCAAGAAGGGUUCCCCAGUGAUAGUAGACUUUAGCAUAUUUGUUGUAGAUAUUAACUCAAUUAACGUAGAGGAUAUGGACUUUAGAGUUGACAUGUUCAUUCAUCAGCGAUGGAUGGAGUCGCGACUGGAAAUCUCCGAUGACAUAUUCGAGGAGGGCGACGACUAUGUGACCUUACUUCCAGAAUUCUUCGACAACCUCUGGCAGCCAGAUCCAUAUUUUCUCAAUUCGAAGAUUGCCGAAAUAGCUACCCUGACGCACAAGUUCACAUCGGUGACGCUCUAUAAGAAUAAGACAGUGCGCUAUGCCGCCCGGAUGCAUGCCAUAAUUGCCUGCCAGAUGGAGUUCCAGCUGUAUCCCAUGGACAUCCAAGUGUGUCCCAUUUACAUUGAAAGUUUUUCGUCCAAUAACCAAAAGGUAAAGCUGCGCUGGUCGGAUUCCGGGGUAACGCUCAAUCCGGAACUGAAGCUGCUGCAGUACAAUCUUGGCCAGCCGCUGGAGCUGGAGGAGAGCGAUGGCUAUAUGCCCGAGAAGGUGGGCAACUUCUCUCGGCUCACCGUCUACUUUCGCUUCGAGCGUCAGAUCGGCCAUCAUCUCAUCCAGACAUUUGCGCCCUCCUCGCUGGUGGUGAUGCUGUCGUGGUUUAGCUUCUGGCUCGGUCUGGAUGCCAUUCCGGGUCGCGUCACACUGCUGGUCACCUGCAUGCUGACGCUGGUGACAAUGUUUACGGGGCUGCGAGCCGAUAUACCACCCGUUGCGUAUGUAAAGGCGCUGGAUCUGUGGAUGGCCGGAUGCAUGGUCUCCGUGUUUGCCGCCUUGGCUGAGUUCGUUGUCGUCAAAGUUCUGGAUGUGCAGUACCAGUGCCAGGUGAAUCGCAUACCAAAGGUAUUGCCCAUGCGCAUUAGCAACAUGGAAAAAGGCCAAUGUGCAACGGUGGCAAGCUGGGAGGGUGGCGCCGUGCGGUCACGAAAGGCCACACAAACUCCGACAACGCCGGGCCAGACAUCGCUGCAGGGCAAUGGCGGCCCGCCAAAGCCGGCGCGUCGCCAAAGCCUUCUGUCUGUCGCCUGGACGGACACGGAUACGGGCGUCGAGAAGAUAAUGUGGCGAGAGAUUGAUAAAGUCUCACGCGCCGUAUUCCCCAUUCUGUUCUUCGUCUUUGUCCUGCUGUAUUGGCCCAUAUUGUUGAUGAAGUCGUCCUAGGAUUUGGGGAGCUCCAGAAUACACUUUUCUGGACUCCGUUAACAAAUCGAACUCAACUCCCAGCAAAUUGGAACGCGGACUUACGCUACAAUAUCUAUGUGUUGGCGUGGCUAUCUAGACAUCUAUAUCUAUAGGCACACACACACACACACAUGGCAUCUUUAACUAUUUGAAUAUAUCUAUUACUAUGAGCAUAUCACGUCACACAUGACAUGGUACCUACGCAGUUACCUUUCCAUAAUACUCUCUCUCUCGUCAAGUCGAUGAGAAACAAAUAUUUGACAGUUGCUCAUCAGCAUAUACUC